CAUGAAUUGGUGCUAUCACAUGGUGAUCGCAUGCGGAAUCAUCUGAUCUACCUCUGAUCCGAGUCGGAGAUCGCGUGCGCUCAUGAGUUCCAUCCUGCUGUGAUUCUACUACUUGACUUGCCACCAUGGUCGUCCUGCUACUUUCAAUCAAAGCCGAACUGGAGAAUGUCGCCAGUCUUGAGGUCCCUGCCGAUUUCGAAUUCUUCUUCCAGGUUAAGUGCAACAGCUGCCACGAAGUCCAUCCCAAGCUGGUCACCCUGAAUCGACAAGAUACCUACGAUCUCUCUGGUAGCAAAGGAGCGACAGCCAAUUUUGUCUGGCGAUGUGGACUAUGCAAACGCGAAAGCUCUGCAAAGUUUGAGGAGUCCUAUCCUCUCCGGGCUUACACGGCGGAGAAUGCCCAAUUCGCACCGCUGCUCAAGAUCGAAUGCCGCGGUCUAGAGUUUGUUGGUUUCGAUCCCAAGGGCGUCUGGAGAUGCGAAGGCCAAACAGGCACCGUUUUCCCCGAGGUUGAAAUCCCUGACGCGAAUGGAGAAUGGGUGGACUAUGACGAGAAGGCUGCUUUACCAGUAGGCGUGUCCGCAAUUGAGAGCCGCUGGACGCGUGCAUAAAUUGGUAUAACUAGUACUCUUGCUUGAAGGAAACCCUGGCUCCCCAAUCACGAGCGACGGCGUCCCUCUAAUACAUCUCUUUUCCAAGACGAUGGC